GAUUUUCCUUUCAAAAAUAACUUCCUCCGAAUUACACAUAUUAUCCCCAAAUUUAACAAUGAGGGAGGACAAGGGGCAAUGGGUUCUCCUGGUAGCAAUUUCAAGAAAGCUGUGGUAGCUUUCUUAUCACCCCUUCCCUCAAUCCUCUUCUACAACUCUUUCCUCCGGCACCAUUACAAUGAAGAAGAAUCACCUCUCUGGGAAUGGUGUUUUCAUCACUCUCUCCUACUUGCCCACAUUUGCUUCUUCUUGAAUGUCAACCUCCUCUUCUGGAUCAUCGCUCUUUUCCAAUCCAGCCACUGGAUGAUUGAUUUGUACUGGACGGUGAUACCUGUGUUGCUGGUGCACUACUACCGGAGCCACCCGUCGGGAGAGUACAACGUUUGGAGGUCGCUGGUGGUUGUGUUUCUGACGUGGGUAUGGAGUAUAAGGUUGACCCACAGCUACUUCCGCCGCGAGAACUGGCAGUGGGGCGCCAGGGAGGAUUGGAGAUUCACUGAUAUGAGCCGCAAGUACGGAAAGAAUUGGUGGUGGAUGUCCUUCUUUGCCGUGUACUUAUCUCAGCAGGUAAAGCUUUUUUGUAGCCGUCUAACUGUUCGCUGAAUUGCCUCUGAAAAUUUUAAAUUGGCGGAGACAUAGACCAGUUGAAGUAGGAGCUACAUAUAGCCCCUGGUUGCUGGGUGGGCAACCUACUGAGUACUGAAUACUGAUCACAGUGCCAGGACAGGGAAGUAAUUUGACCAUUAAACUUGAAUAACAAACUCAUAUGACCGUAUCUAUGAAAUUCUAUUAAAAGGGAGAUCCUUUUCAAUGGCUAAGUUGUAUUAGGAUAGAUUUGUUGACAUCGAAUAAUUAUUUGUGAUUAUGUGGUGAUGACGUAUGCAUAACAAAUUUUAGGUCUUGCUCCAAACUCACACGCACACAAACACUGAAACACACACACACACACAUUUGGGCAUUAUUCGUAUGUGACUAAAAAUGCAUCAAAUCCAUAUCUUUCAGGUCUAAUACAAUAUUUUUAGUGUUUUUAUAUUAUUAAGAUAUGUGUUACCCCAACCAUUAAAUAUUACAGAGUACAUUAUAUUCCAAGGUAUUACAUACAUGAUUAGUUAUAGGCUUGUAGCACAAAUGAGUUAAACACAUUUUUUUAUCACGAUGAUCAUGGACUAUUGUGUUGAGGAAUUUGUAUAUCAGACGGAGGUUUCUUGCAUUAAACCCCAAGUUUCAUUAUUAUUAGUAUUGAGUACCCCACAUAAAUUAUUUAUUGUUCAUUAGGUUUAUGUCUAUUACAUAAAAUGUCAUGUGAGGAUUCUCUUGAGAGGAGUUAUUCUCAACUUAUCUUGGUAUCAAAUACUUAGUCGUGGUUUUAGGGCGCCCAUCCACGCAGUAGUUUGGAGCAACCCGUCUAGGGGCCAGCUUGGGUGCAUUUGUAAACCCUCUCAUCUGUGCACCACUUGAUGGAUAGUAUAUGAGCGAGGUAACUUAAAUAGAUUUUUCAAGGAUGAAUUAUAUCCAAUUUAGGUAUUGAGUAGUGGGUAUCCGAGUAUCCGAUUAGUGGUUUGUCAAAGGUGGAUGUGUUAAUUCUCAUGCCGAUGAGUUGGGGGUCGGGUGAUGGAUUUAGGGUCCAAGGCCUCCCACCCGAACCCGCUCCAUUGUCAUCCUUCUUGACUACUAGUAGCCCACGAAAGUUUUGGAGUUUAAAAUUCCAAAUGGCUACUAGGUUUUGUUACCAACUUCAAAUGAUUCCUACUUAUGAGUUAUGAACGCCGUGGCGUAUGUGUAAUUUUAACCAUUCAGGUGUUUAUAAUGGGAAUAUGCAUGCCCAUGUACAUUGUACACUCGGAGAACAAGCCGUGGAACAUGUGGGACUUUGUUGCCACAUCCAUUUGUUCAUCUGGCAUCGCAAUUGCCUAUUAUGCAGAUACACAACUCCACAAUUUCGUCAGCAGAACCAAAUGGCCGAAAGAGCAAAAGGUUCCAAAUCUCCUUCUCGAUACAGGUCUCUGGCAGUACUCCCGCCAUCCAAACUACUUUGGUGAGCAGCUAUGGUGGUGGGGACUUGCCAUAUUCGCAUGGUGUAUGGGUGGUGUUUGGGUUUUUCUUGGCCCUCUCAUAAACAGCUUGUGCUUGGCAUAUGUCACUAUUCUCGUAGAGAAACGAAUGAUUAAACAGGCUCACAGAGCUGAAGCUUAUAGACUCUACCAGAAGACAACUUCAGUUUGGAUUACAUGGUUUAAGAAGUCAUCAUCCACCAGCGGAAAAGAUAAGAACUCUUAAUACACUGAACCUGCACUUUUAUUUCUUUUUUACUUUUUUUACUCAUACUGGGAUUUUAUUUGAAGAAAGACUUCUUCAAACUGUAAUGAGAACGGAGAUUGGAAUUGAUAAGCUCAAUGUGCAAUUUGGUACCAGAGUCAUUACAUAUAAAUAUAACAUUUGACCUUUUAUGGUUUUAUUUGAAUAGUAGUUUUCGAAAGACACUUA